CACACUCUUCUCCUCUGCUACGCUGGUUUUCCUUCUCUCCAUUGGAUAUUCCUCCCUGGGUGUUUUUUGUGAAUGGGCAUCUGGGGCCGGUGUGAAGAGCUUGUGAAUGGACUGACUGACUGCCUGGCUGACUGAUUGACAGACAGGCUGACUGGCAGAGAGAGAGAGAGGGAGAGAGAGAGGCAGCUGUGGUUCAGGCAAAGGAGGCAAUGCCGAGAGGUCAUCCGAGGAGCAACAGAGCUUCAUAGUAGUCUGGAAAUACAAAGACACGUGAGGAGAGUCAAGAAAAGGAAGGCACGGUAAUAAGGAGUGGUACAGAGAGAGGAGUAUGGCUCACCACAGAGAAGAGGACCUGAUUGGGAUCCCCUUCCCAAAUCACAGCAGCGAUGUCCUCUGCAGCCUCAAUGAACAGCGGCGCGAUGGGCUGCUCUGCGACGUCGUCCUCAUUGUCCGCGACCAAGAGUACCGGACUCACCGAUCCGUCCUGGCUGCCUGCAGCCAGUAUUUCAAGAAGCUCUUCACGGUGGCCACCACUGAUGGUGGAGAUCAUCAUCAGACAGCUGCCGUGUAUGAAAUCGACUUUGUGGCUCCAGAAUCUCUGACAGCGAUUCUGGAGUUUGCCUACACCUCCACUCUGACAGUGACAGCAUCAAAUGUGAAAGAGAUUUUGAACGCAGCUCAGAUGCUGGAGAUUCCAUGCAUCAUCAACGUUUGUCUAGAGAUCAUGGACACUGGGGGUGGAGGCGGAGGAGGCAGGGAGGAGGAAGGAGAAGAGGAGGAGGAAGAGGAGGAGGAUGGGGAGGAAGAUGAGGAGGAGGAAGAGGAGGAGGAGGAGGAAGAGGAGGAUGUCGGGUCCAGAAAGGAUGAGCAGGAGGAAGAGGAGGACAAUGUCAGCGAGAGGUCGCUACAGUCAUCUGAAAGCAGGGAGGAGCAGACGCCUCCAGGGAGAGAUGAGUCCCCUCCUCCCAGCACCUCCAAGUACCAUCAGUAUGACGUCCACAGAGAGUCCUCCCAGUCACUGUCCCCAGACACCAUGAGAGGGAAACAGGAGAGUAUGGAGAGUCGGGCCCUGAAGGAUUUCUCUAUUGAAUCCCUCCUCCAGGAGGGCCUAUACCCGCGCAUGUCAACACUGGACAGGAGGGCCAACUUCUCCCCUCUCCUCCCAGGCUUCUACCCUUCAAUGUGGGCUGCAGAGUUUCCCGCUUUCCCCCAGCAGCUCCUGGACCCCGGCCAUCACCAGCAUCCCCACGGAGGAGGCCCACCCCAAACCAGGCUUCCACACCCCUAUCCCACUCCUGCACCGCCACAGCUUGAGACGUCCAGGCCCCUUGAUCUAGCUGUGAAAAGGGAGAUCAUUAAGGAGGAGAUGAAAGAGGAAGUCCCGCCCAGUCUGCUCCACGGUGAAUUCCUAAAGGAGUUUGUCGGCGCUGGUCUAGGCGGCACAAUUAACCCGGGGGCAGUGCCGUCAGAGGGUCACACGCUGAGUCAAAUCAAGGAUGAAGCUGACUUCCGGUCAUAUCUGAGCUUCCUGAGCUCGGCAUCCCACCUAGGAGCCCUGUUCCCUCCUUGGCAGCUGGAGGAGGAGAGGAAGAUGAAGCCCAAAGCUUCCCAGCAGUGUCCCAUCUGCAACAAGGUCAUCCAAGGGGCUGGGAAACUGCCCCGGCACAUGAGGACACAUACGGGGGAGAAACCUUACAUGUGCACCAUCUGUGAAGUGCGAUUCACGAGACAAGACAAACUGAAGAUCCACAUGAGAAAGCACACAGGUGAGCGCCCCUACAUCUGCCUCCACUGCAACUCCAAGUUCGUCCACAACUACGACCUGAAGAACCACCUGCGGAUCCACACGGGCGUCCGCCCAUACCAGUGUGAGCACUGCUACAAAAGCUUCACACGCUCCGACCACCUGCAUCGACACAUCAAGAGGCAGAGCUGCCGCAUCUCCCGCCCCCGACGAGGACGUAAGCCGGCUGCUUGGCGGUCCACACCAGCCAACAACUUCCUGUGCCCCCCCACUGCUGCCACCAAUCGGUUCGAGGAGAACGGUCUAAGCUCUGCCUACCAGGGAGUCAAAGGCCGUGGACUUGGGGAGAUGCUCGGCCUGGGAAACCGGGGCCUGGGAUAUAAGAGUAUGGACAGCGCUGGCAGGGAGAGCAGGGAGGAACGGCGAUCAGAGGGGAAGCACAUAGCAGAGGAGGAGAAAGCGGGGGUGGGGAGGCAGAGGGGUGUGUUUGCCUUCGCUCUGGCUGGGGAAGACGUGCUUACCCACUCUCCAUUUUAUGCUGCGACCUCUGACCCAUGGACCAUGAGACUGGAACGUGCUCCACCCAUCCCUGAGCCAGCCAACUGAACUCUCUGGUCUGUAGAAAAAAAAAAAAAAAAAAGUCUUCAUAUCUCCUUCUCUGUCCUGUUCUAGGAAGAUAAAGCACCUACAGAAGUUUUGACAGUGAAAGAGUGAUAUCAAUGAACUUUUUGAAGCCUGUUGAUAUGAGUAGAACCAGGAGAAAGAAAAAAAAAAUAAAACAGACUUUUGGGACAAACAGUACUAAUUCCAGAUAAUUUCGCAGAUGUCAUGUUAAGCAGUCGUUUCAGCUCUCUGAAUGUCUACAUGAAGUUUGAUAGCAUUUAGUAAGAGGCAAUCAGUCUGACAUUUCUUAUGAGGAAAACCUUCUUAGAAUGCUGUUAUUGUUUGCAUUAUUUUAGCUACAGGUUUGUCUAAAAUGCUUGAAAAUAAUAAUAAUAAUAAUAAUUAAAAAAAUACAUAACAAAAGCAGAUCCCUUCCAAAAUGGUAUGAGGCUUUUAUGAUGAAACACCUUCAACUGUAAGAAAAUAUAAAUAUGUGAUACAUUCAAGAGGACAAGAGGACCUACUGUACCUGUCUAAUUCUGGAUUAGUGACUACAAUGAAUGUAAAACGUAUGAUUACAUUACGAAACAUGAUCAAAAUAAUUCUACAUAAAAGCAGGUGAUCCCUCAAUCAUUUCAGUCUAAAAGCCGUCAGCUAUACUAGACGAAAAAAAGAAAGAAAGAGAACAAAUGAGCAGCAAACCAAUUUGAAAUAUGUCCAAAUUGGACAAUUCAUAGAGAGUUGUGGAUCAGACGGCUGUGUUUCAAGUGUUAAAUUU